AUGAGACCUUUUCUACUUCUUACGUCACUGCUAGCUAGCAGUGCCCUUGGACUACCCAGCCUAUCAACCAAGGUGUAUGGAACGCCUGCUGGGUUUGCGUACAGCGUUACAGGAGGUGGAAAUGCGACACCAGCUGCCCCAGCUAACGUGACUCAACUGCGCGAUUGGCUUACGGAUAGCAAGCCUCGCGUCAUCGUGCUCCACAAGGAGUAUAACUUCAUAGGUAGCGAAGGCUACUGCGAGAAUUGCGCUUGCUGCGUAUUCAAUACUGAUACUUGUGGUGACGGUGGCCAGGAUGCGAUCGAAACGGAUUUUGGUUGGUGUGGAGAUAGGACACCAGUCGACUGCACCUAUCCCAACACGACCACGAUCGACGUGGCAUCGAAUAAGACUAUCGUCGGGCUUGGAUCCAAAGGUGUCAUCCGCGGUAGCGGACUGCGCCUUGUAAAUGGCGCCUCGAAUGUCAUUGUCCAGAAUAUUCAUAUCACAGAUAUUAAUCCUGGAUACGUCUGGGGUGGAGAUGCGAUAUAUAUGAAUGGUUGUGAUUUGAUUUGGAUUGAUCAUGUAAAGAUUUCACUGGUUGGACGGCAGAUGAUAUCUAUGGGAUAUGAAUCCAGUGGACGUGUCACUAUCUCAAACACCGAGUUCGACGGACGAACCUCGCAUUCCGCUACCUGCGACGGACAUCAUUACUGGACCAUCCUCGGGCUCGGAGAGAACGACAAAGUGUCCUUCUUCAACAACUGGAUCCAUCAUACCUCUGGACGCUCACCAGACCUGGGUUCCGUGAGCGCUUGGCACAUUUUCAACAACUACUGGUCCAACAACACAGGACAUGCGUUCUCUGUGACCCCCGAACCUGCUAUUCUAUUGGAGGGCAAUGUAUUCUACGAUGUAGCGAGGCCGACGGAACCUGGCAACGGAUAUGGAAUGUUUAUCACGAACUCCAGCACGGUAUCCACGUGUGACUCAACCAUGAAACGCCCGUGUCAAGAAAACCUGCUCACAGGCAGCGGUGACCUAUCGCCGUAUACGACGAAUAAUGUGACAUCCUUACAGACAAUCGCCGAUGCGGACGAGCAGAACAUUAACAUCAUGCCCGUCGGCCAGGUUCGAGCCUAUGUUAUGACUAAUGCGGGCAUUGGGAAGGUUGGCUUCAACGGGACUGUCACUCCUACAGUUUCACCUUCGAGUUCAGUCGCGACUCAACCUGCCACCGUGACACCAUACCAGCUACACAAGGAUCAAAAUCGUGGCCACCAGUACGUGCGCUUUCACCAUCGAAGCCUCUAA